AUGGCGGAACUAGAUACGUCACUUACAUUCAAUCAAACCGUGAAUGGAAUGCUCGAGUUCGUGGAAGUCGCUAUACAUUCCAUACUCUACGUCCGGCAGAUUUAUCCAGCUGAUUUGUUCGUGCGCCGAAAAAAAUACGACACCCCUGUCUUUCAGUCUCGACAUCCUGCUUUGAAUGAGUAUAUCUCCGGUGCCGUCAAAGCGGUCGGCGAAGAGCUCAUUUUUGGAAAUGUUGACAAAGUAGUAGUUGUCAUUAAAGAUCAAGAACAAGUUCCCCUCGAGAGAUAUAUCUUUUCCUUGCGAAGUAUGCUCCAUGUGGAAGCCUUCGACAAGGAUACGAGUGUCGAAGGUGCCAUGUCUGCCGCAAAACUUGGCCAAUAUUUCCGAUCGUUUCUCAUCAAGCUGAAUAUGGUGGAGUCGCAGCUAGGGAUGCUUGAAUUACAUGACAAUGCCUCCUUUGCGAUCGUCGUAGAGCUUAAAGACAAGACGCCGACAGAGAUACACGAGAAGGAACCUCCUCCGUGGGUACCAGCAGACAUUCAACAUACGACGUCUGGGGCUUCAGAAAAUGCUGAACUUCAUCUACUUAGGGCAGUUGAUACGGGUAUUAUCAACCUCUCCCUGGCCGUCCAAGAAUCCGAGGAGAAAAUUCGAAGAAUGGACAACAAAGGCAGUAAGGCCAUAGAUAAGGGGAAGGGUAAAGAGAAGGCGUCUUAA